GACUCGGAAACAAGAGGCCAUUGUAUAUUCAGUAUAUAUCAAGCGCAAAGCAUCAAACCUCAAAAAGCCAUCAAUGUUAUAAAACGGACAACUGGCUCGAAGGCGCGGAGCAGUACCAAACAGUGUCUUGCAAGAUGGCACUGACUGCCCUUCGUCGAGGUCAGCCAUUAUUCCAAAAAUUAGCUUUCAAUAGCCAUGGCACGACACAGCAAUGCAUGAAAUCAGCAACAGGUUCCAAGACAUACCUUAGCACCAAUGCUUCACCGGCUGUGCCGUCUGAUGACUUUUCUCACCUCCUGACUGAAAUGCCGGCACGCAUUCUUCCAUUGAUGUACGACUACCUUACUCCUCAACCCUCUCAUCUUCUGAACGUGUCUCUGGCCGAUUUCUUCCCAUCUUCAACUCAACCAGGACUUUCCGAGCCGUCAUACGUACACAACGCCCCUGUCCUUCCAUCAAUUGCCAAACCAUUGAACCUCCCUCCCGCGCACCAUCUCAUAUAUUUCCCCCCUCAAGUACCAGCUUCGCAACUUCUUCCAGACGGCACAGAUACGCUGCAUUUUCCCGGAGAGCCCUUUGUUCGUCGGUUAUGGACAGGAGGACACGUCCGCUUCAAUCACGGCCAUUCAUCACACGCCCCUGGCAGCAGCCACAGCAACAACACGCCGCUUCUCCUCGACGGGCACCGCGCUGUGUGCCUCGAAGGUAUCCGCGAUGUGACCAUCAAAGGCCAACCCGGGGCAGAAAAAGUCCUCGUGGGGAUCGAACGACGAAUUGCUCGCUGCGGAGAGCCAGAGCACGAGCCCGAAUCGGCCAUCCGCUCGCGCCUGUGGCCCGCAGACGAGGCGGAGAUGGGAGACGCCAGCAUCGUUGAGCGGCGGAAUCUGGUAUUCAUGCGCGCGCAGAGCGCCGACGAAGCAGCCGCCGCGGCUGACGCGCCGGGCAAGAUUAUUCGAGCGCCAAAUAAACCCACUUUCACGCAUACACUACGUCCUACAGCAUCAUUGCUCUUCCGCUUCAGCGCACUCACGUUCAAUGCGCACGCCAUCCAUCUCUCGCGGAGCUACACGCGUGCAGUCGAGGGCCAUCGCAACAUGCUCGUCCAUGGACCUCUCACGCUGGUAUUGCUGACUACCUUGCUCGAGCGCCAUCUUGCGUCGUCGUCGUCGUCGGUAGUUUCAACGUCGAAACAGAAAUACGCGAUUACAGAUAUACAAUACCGCAAUGUCUCUCCGCUGUACUGCGACGAGGAACUACGACUCUGCGGACGUGAAUCACAUUCGAAGCCCGGCCGGUAUGAGCUCUGGGCCGAGAAUAAAGACGGCGGGCUGGCUGUCAAGGGCAGCGCCACUGUAGAGUUUUUGUCUUGAUUCCUUUCUAUGCCUUUUCCCUUUAUACUUUUCCCUUUAUACUUUUCCCUUUAUACUUUUCCCUUCCU